GUGUAACCCCCGGCUGCGUUAACACGACGCUGCCGAACCGGAAGGCAAACAAGGAAUUCGGGUCUGAGGAAUGUUACGUGUCAUUUCCAGAGUUUCAGUCAUUCAGAAAUCUCCUGAAGUGCUUCAGUGGUUAAACCCCUGUAAGUUUUUAUCCUGUUAACUUAUUCACACACAGUUAGAUGCUUAGCAGACUGUAUCAACCGGCGGCUAGGACUCGGUUUGUGGUCAUUUCAUGUAGAUAAAUUGAGCUAAACUAGCUAACCUGAGUCCAAACACCAUAAAACGUUGCGCCGCGCUGUUGAUGAACUAUUUCCUCUUCCACUUCCUGCUGCUGACGGCUGAAGGAUGAAGGCUUUGAUUCUGGUCGGGGGUUACGGGACCCGGCUGCGGCCGCUCACCCUGAGCGUCCCCAAACCGCUGGUGGAGUUCUGCAACAAGCCCAUCCUGCUGCACCAGGUGGAGGCGCUGGUCAAGGCCGGGGUGAACCACGUCGUUCUGGCUGUCAGCUACAUGUCGGAGCUGCUGGAGAGGGAGAUGAGAGUCCAGGAGCAGAGACUCGGGAUCCAGAUCUCUCUGUCUCACGAGAAAGAGCCUCUGGGAACCGCCGGGCCGCUGGCGCUGGCCAGAGAGCUGCUGAACGUCGACAACGAGCCGUUCUUCGUCCUCAACUCAGACGUCAUCUGUGACUUCCCGUUCAAAGAUCUGCUGCGGUUCCACCGCAGCCACGGCCAGGAGGGAACCAUCGUGGUGACGCGGGUGGAGGAGCCGUCGAAGUACGGCGUCGUCAUUUACGAGUUGGACAGCGGCAGAAUCCAACGCUUCGUCGAGAAGCCGCAGGUCUUUGUCUCCAACAAGAUCAACGCCGGCAUGUACAUCUUCAAUCCCAGCAUGCUCAGCAGGAUACAGCUCAGACCAACUUCUAUUGAGAAGGAAAUAUUUCCUGCCAUGGCGAGUGAGGGGCAUCUGUACGCCAUGGAGCUGCAGGGGUUCUGGAUGGACAUCGGUCAGCCGAAGGACUUCCUGACAGGAAUGUGCAUGUACCUUCACUCUCUGCGACAACACGCUCCGGAGAGGCUGCGCACAGGGACCGGUUUCCUUGGCAACGUCCUGGUGGACCCGACGGCGCAGAUCGGGAAGAACUGCACCAUCGGGCCGAACGUCACCAUCGGCGCCGGCGUUGUGGUCGAGGACGGCGUCAGGAUAAAGCGAUGCACGGUGCUGAAAGGGUCCAGAGUCCGAUCGCACUCCUGGCUGGAGAGCUGCAUCGUCGGGUGGAGCUCCUCCGUCGGCCAGUGGGUCCGUAUGGAGAACGUGACGGUGUUGGGGGAGGACGUGAUCGUAAACGACGAGCUCUACCUGAACGGCGCCAACGUCCUGCCUCACAAAUCCAUCAACGAGUCGGUCCCAGAGCCGCGGAUCAUCAUGUAGCGCCCCCGGCAGGAAGACGGCAGGAUAACACCUCGCCUAACUCUACUAACUGAACGUUGCCUCGGACAAACCGACAAGUGGAAGAUGAACAACCAAGUUUCUUUUUUACAUUUAAUUUGUACUCGUUUUAGCCCUGCAUGGCUGCAGCUUCCUCCAGACGGCAGGAAGUUCGACUUCAACGGGACGGACGACUGCAUCCGGGUUGGAGGAAAACCGGUUUGGGGUUGGUGCACUUGGUAGGAGGGUAGAGAUGAUGAUGGGUUUAUGGUGAGCGUUGCUUAUUAGACUUUAUGCGUUCAAACUCUGUACUCUGAAGGAUCAAACAGCAGCUUUGUGCUGAAAUCAUGACUGUUAACGGUGGGAAAGUUUAAAAACUCAUCAAAAUGUGAAUGUUUGUUAUUUUUCUAUCAGCUGGAUGAAGGUAAAGAAACAGAAAAUCUCACAUCAGAACUCUGGAAUCAACAUCAUGAUCCUUCGUUUAGAUUAAAACUUAUUGUUACUCAACAGAUUUUCUCUCUUUUGCUUCAGAAAUGAAGCGGUUACUAACAGGAUGGAGCAGAUUUUCAGUCGGUUUGUGGCGUCUGGACUUCCUGAAAACUCUCAUGUUAACGUUUUACUUCCCUGAAGGCAGAAAAAUCUGAUUUAUUUCAAGAAAACAGGCAGAGGAGAGGGAAAAAACCUUCACUCUGUGUAAAACGUUAAAUUAAUAUUCAGUAAUUAGGUCAAAUCACUGCUUUUCAGCACCGCCGGCUAAAUGCAGUUAGUUUGUGUCCAUUUGAAAGAAAACAGUCAACAACUGACAGUCAUUUGGCUUUUUCAAAAGGAAAAAAGAAAAUUCAAAAUGUGGUAUUUUGUAAAUUAUAGCUCCAAAACGUGACGUAUUAAUGUGGAUUUACCUGUUUGGCACAUUUCAUCGAUGAAAUUCAGCUACAAAAAUGAGUCCUGUCAAACUUUUAAAUUAAUAUUUAUUUUUAAAAUGUUUUUAUUUCGAGAAAUAUAUUUUUAAAAUGAAUUUAUUUGCAAAUAUUCCAACAGAUUAAAUUUAAUUUAAGGUGUAGAAAUUAAUCAUUUAUUUUAAAAAAGAGAUUAAUUUACUUUGAAACUUACUGUCACUACCAUUAUCUUGAUUUUCUUUUUUGCUUCUCCCUUUAUUAUUCUGUUAAUCCAAUGCAUUAUUUAUUUUUUUAAUUAAAAUUUAAGACAUUUUUCUCUCCAACACAAUGAGUUUCAUUAGGAAUGAAAAUCAAUUUUUGGAUCUAUAUCUGAUUUUUAACAGUUAAAAACAUGAAAUAUGCCAAACUGACCGGACACUUUGGUUAAACGGAUCUUAGAAAACUCAUGUAACAUUUUAUAAGUUGUUGAUUUUAAGCCCAGAGAAAAUCUCUUGGCUUGAUGUGAAAAAUGCUUUUUUGGUAGCAACAUUGGAAAAUUUCCUGUCAGUUGGAUUUUUUUCUAAGCGACAAAAUAAAAACGAACAAAACCAUGAAAUAUUUGACGUAGGAUGAACUUUUGGACUCGUCAUGAUCUUGUCCUUUCCUGGUGAUUUUACCUCCAGCUUUUUUUUUUUUUUGUUAUUUUGUUUGUUUGGCUGAAAACAAACAAACAAACAAAAUGUGGAAGCAGUACUUAGUUCAGGACUUCCUGUAGAAACUGUUUAAUUAUCGGUACCAGAGCGCCUGAAAGGCGUGCUGUUUGCAGUCAUUGUCGGAAAUCCUGAAAUGGAUUGAGGUUUAAACUCUGAAAUAUUAAGAAAACUUCAACUUCUGAUCAAAUUGAAGCAUUUUCUGAUGUUCCUGCUGCAGAUAUUUCAUCACUAAGUCGAUCUUUAUUAAUUGUUUACCUCCGUUUAUGUGCUGCCUGUCAGAGAUCUGUCACUUCUUUCAAGCUAUGUAAGCAGUUACUGAUUUUAAGUCAGACAGUAUUCUGGUGAAUAAAUGUGUAAAAAGUGUUGGAGGAAAGCUUUUUUCUAAAGAAAGAAAAUAAAUCCACUAAAUGUA